AUGGCAUCGAUCAGACUAAACAACCCGCCAAGCUUAAUGUUCGAAGUUAGUAAUCUCAUCAUCUUGUACGAACAAUAUGUACGAAUACUUAUGUGUUUAGUUCGACCUAAAGUGGAAGCACCGAAAUCCGUAAAUGAUCAAUCAUGUGUCUUCGGUCAAGAUACUCAAAUCUCAUGGAAAUUCAGCGGUAUCGAGAAACCACAAGUGGCAUGGUCUUUUAAUGGUCAACCACUUCCAACCAACGAUCGCUUUCAACUGACUGAGUCUGAAGAUGGAACAUCGACCCUAUCGAUUCGUCAAGUUGAACUUGUCGAUCAAGGUGUCUAUACUGUUCGAGCAACCAAUGCUGUUGGUGAAGCUGAAGCUAAAACAACAUUGAAAAUUGCUUACGUCAAACCUGUCAUCAACACUGAUCUCAAUGCUGCACUACAAGCCACAAAAUAUGAAACCAUGACACUCAAAGUCGUCGCCAGUGGAAUCCCGAAACCUGAUGUUAUCUGGAUGAGAGACAAUGAUGAACUCACACUCAAUGAUCGCAUUCAAGUGACACCACCGACUGAUAACGAUGACAAAUACACAAUGAUUAUCUUGAAUGUACAACCAGAAGAUCAAGGAGAAUAUUCAGCCAAGAUUUCCAAUGUUGGUGGAUCACUCCAAUCCAAUAAGUGCAAAGUCACUGUUUCGAAAUCGCCAGUGUUUAUUGUCAAGCCGACAGGACAAAGAGUGAAACAAGGCGCGACAGCAGUAUUCGUGGUGACAGUUGAUGGAUAUCCACUACCGACUAUUGCAUGGCUUCUCAAUGGAAAAUUAUUGGCAGCGAAAGAAGGUGUGCAAGAACAGUUUAUCACUGUAACUGGUGAAGCUAAGUUAUCCAUUGGGAACAUCGAUCUAAAACAACAUGCUGGUUGGAUUACUUGUCGUCUCGAGAAUCCGUAUGGCUAUCAAGAAGAGACUGUUCAACUUGCUGUUCUUGUUGCACCAAUAAUCACUACACAGUUGCCCAAAGAGCAAGAAAUUGUGAGUGGACGAGAUGUCACAUUAAAAGUGGUCGUGCAUGGAUCACCACAACCAUCUGCCCAAUGGUUUUUCAAGGAUAGACCCAUUGAAGCAGGCGAUGCAAUACUUGGACGACUUAAAUAA